AUGCUGGGAAAUCAUUCAACCAGCGAAGAAUCUCCGAUGUGGGUGCGGCGUCUUGGCGUGAAGAAAAGUGUUCAGACCCUGCAUGCGCUGGUAACAGGAUUUUCAAAAUGUUCUUCUCGCCUUAUAGGAAUUAGCUGUAUUUUUUACCUGACAUCGUUGUUCGCUCACUAUACCUUUGUAGCAGCUGUCUACGCAUCUAAGCAGAAAUUUCGGCUUCGAUUUUCUCAAUCUACGCUGGAACUUGAACUAUCCGUGACUGAGGGCAAUCCCAGAUUAGCAAACUACGACUUACUUGUCUCUUCGCUUGAAAAUUCAGGGUAAGGGGUCUAACAACUUUUUUCUUCAGUCCUUGUGAUGUGUAAAAAUAUUAAAGAUCCAGUGGGAUCUGGGGAAUCCUUGACUAAAUUUUGCCGACGUGUCUCUGAAGUUGCCCCAGUGAAUUUUACAAUUAUGCGUGCAUCAAAUAUCAUUCUGCAUCCAUGAGCCUUAGUUCAAACUGACCAACUCCAAGUUAUCGGUUAAUUCCUUAAGAAAUUAAGAGGCAACCAUUUUACGAUUUGUUUUUUAGCAUGACGAUUAAGAACGUUUCCGAGCCAUGAAUUAUGUAAUAGAAGUAGUGGAUUUCUGUGGUAAAUACCCAGUGUCUUAUAUAACGCGCAAGCAUGUUACUUCACAGAAAGAACGUGAGGUUACCUUCUUCCGGACGUCUUACACGUCUGAUAUAUUUCUGAUAAGCAAAGUUUCAGACGUGGAUUCCAGACGUUGCAGUAGGUUGGGCGAGUGACUUGACCCAAAUGUGAUAAAACUCGCGUCGUCCGGCGGGGCCUCGUAGCUCAGGUGGUUAGAGCGUUGGCUGUACUAAGGCCUCCUUCUUACUUCUUGGGUUCAAAUCCCACCAAGGUGCCCAGUUUUUCACAGUUGGGUCGAUCUGAAUAUGAAAGUUUAAAUUCUUAAUAAAUUUUGUCUCUGAAGGUCUCAGUAGCCCAAAAAACCUAUAAAAUCCAACGAAACGUGAUAGAGGAACAAGUCAGACCGAAUUUUCCCCAUGUAGCGUCGUGAUAGCUUUCUACAGUAUCAUUUGCAUGAUCGUUUCCAGAGCCUGAUUUAAGUAGCCUGCUAAGAACCGUGGCUUUCUCGCCCAGAAUCUGAACGCAUUUCUCUUUCAACACAGGUUUUGAAUCUUCGAGUACACUUUGCUGUGCAUCAAGCAACAGAGAUAUUCUACUAACGUUUGGUUACCAAGGAAAGCAUUCCUUAGUACAAAACUUGCGUUCAAGUAAAUUUUUAUUCCCCGUCACCAACGGACUGUGGAUCUCCCUUCGCUCAUCACGCCUCUGGUGUACUAGGGCUGGAAACUAUAGCCUACCUAUCUGCGUCCCGCACUGCGUAUUUUAUUUUUUGGUAUUUAAAGUAAAGCCCAUGGGAAGAUUUCGUUUUUAAACCAUUGUUUUAACAGCGAAUUGAACUCUCUCGAGCACACUUUUUAAUACCAGAAUAUUCUGGAGUUUUUGUGGCUCCAUACAGUCCUGCAUUCACCGAUCUUCCUUCCUUUCCGAAACCAGUCUAACCGGUUAGGCUCCACCACAAAGUUACACAGGUCAGUCUGCAAACAUUGCACUUCCCUUUGCAUCCGUCUAUUUCGAACAGUGUAAGUGAGCACACUAAAGAAUAACAAUAAAAGGCCACAGUGAUAUGCUCGUUUGUUACUUCCUGCAGAUCACUCUGAGGAAGUAGUGCUCAACGCUAAGGCCUCCAAACACUUUCCUGCUGUGCUCACUGAGAGUCAUCUUAAUCCCCAAGCCCAUUCUUCUUCUCAACCAGUCCACACUCGGGGUCGUUGACAGUAAUCCUUCCUGAGGAGGACAAUCUCGCUGCUGGAGCUUGCUUCACCGCAACCCUCUUGAAAGUCGCCAACCUCCCAGCUGCUGACACCCGUGACUCUGACUCCAACGAGGUCACCGUCUCCGCUCACCUCCUCUCUGCCCUGCACGGUGAGGCGGUGCGGCAGGCCUACCUCUUCGGCGCGCUGGACGGCUGCAUUUACUCUUGUCGCAUUAACGAAGGCCUGAAAUUCACACGUCUUGCCUCUUUCCCCAGUCCUCCUCGGGCACUUGCCCUCUUGGUCGUCCUCCCCGAUGUCGACGGUGAGGAGGCGGAUGCGACGGAGGGCCAGUCCUCAGAGGUCGAACUGCUGGUUGGGGUUUCGGACUCUGGUUGGCUGCUUAGCCUGCACUUCUUACUUAAACAGUAA